GGCCACCCAGCCCUCGGGACACAGCAGGAGCGGGAUCCCUCACAGCCACCAGCUUCGAGCAUGGCCCUCGACAGGGUCCCACGCAGAGUGGGGGUGGUUGGCUACGGCCGCCUCGGACAGGCUCUCGUCUCCCAUCUGCUGACUCAGGGACCAGAGCUGGGCCUCGAACUGGCUUUUGUCUGGAACCGUGACCCAGGACGAAUGGCAAAGAGUGUGCCCCCUUCCCUGCAGCUUCAAGACCUUGCUGCCCUUGGGGAAAGGCACCCUGAUCUUGUGGUGGAAGUGGCCCAUCCCAAAAUAAUCCACGAAUCUGGGGUGCAAAUCCUGCGCUAUGCCAGUCUCCUGGUGGGGUCUCCCUCAGCCCUGGCUGACCAGGCCACAGAGCAGCAGCUCCUGGAGGCCUCGCACCGCUGGGGCCAUGCUGUGUUUGUGGCCCGAGGGGCCCUGUGGGGGACUGAGGACAUCGCCAGACUGGAUGCCGCUGGGGGUCUCCAGAGCCUUCGUGUUACCAUGGCCACACACCCCGAUGGCUUUCGGCUAGAGGGACCCCUAGCUGCGACCCAGGGCACGGGGCCCCGAACUGUGCUCUAUGAGGGCCCUGUCCGUGGGCUCUGCCCAGUUGCCCCCCGAAACUCCAACACCAUGGCGGCUGCUGCCCUGGCUGCCCCCAGCCUGGGCUUUGACCGUGUGAUCGGGGUGCUUGUGGCCGAUCUCAGCCUCACAGACAUGCACGUGGUGGACGUGGAGCUGAGCGGACCCAGAGGCCCCACGGGCCGAAGCUUUGCUGUGCACACCCACCGAGAGAACCCUGCCGAGCCAGGCGCUGUCACUGGCUCCGCCACUGUCACAGCUUUCUGGCGCAGCCUCCUGGGCUGCUGCCAGCUCCCCUCCAGGCCAGGGAUCCACCUCUGCUGAGAAGCCGCCUUCCAGAGAGGACUGCCAUCUGCUUUAGUCCCCUCCACCACUGUGGCACCACUGGGCUCACUUUCUCCCGUCUCAGUAAAGAUUACAGGCUCCU